AUGUUAAAGACAAAGUCUGGAAGCUUCUACUUUGUAAUCCUUGGUCACCAUGAUAACCCAGCUUUUGAAGUGGAAUUUUUGCCAGCUGGGAAAGCAGAACCCAAAGAUGAUUAUCAUCAUCUGAACCAGUUCAUAGCUCACGCUGCUCUUGACCUUGUGGAUGAAAAUUUGUGGCUCUCAAACAACAUAUACUUGAAAAUUGUGGACAAAUUUAAUGAAUGGUUUGUAUCAGCGUUUGUCACUGUCAGCCAUCUGAGAUUUAUUAUGCUUUACGAUAUAAGGCAAGAAGAUGGAAUAAAGAACUUCUUUACUGAUGUUUAUGAUUUGUAUAUAAAGUUUGCAGUGAAUCCAUUUUAUGAACCCAACUCUCCUCUUCAAUCAAGUGCAUUUGACAGAAAAGUUCGGUUUCUUGGGAAGAAACAUCUUUUAAGCUGAAUGCAGAAAAAUUUCAAAAUAAACAGUGUCACAAUGGGAUCUACUCAGGCAUAUGUACAUUGUAAGUAAUUGAUUAAAUAGCCUAUAAAACUUUUACUUUUCUUAGUUUAUC